UUCUGCAAACGGUGCUGCACCAGUGGAGUAGUCCUCAACUUACGACCGGUUGAGUAGUCCUCGACUUACACCGGUUUGGGGGGGUCGCAGCAUUAAAAAGGUUGAGAACCACUGCUUUACAGGAUUUGCCUUGUCCCCCUUUCCCUAGCCAGGCUGGCUGCCGAUCCUCCCCAUCAAGAGAGCUUUCUUUCCCCAGCCAAGCCACACAGGACAAAGGAGUGACCGUGACAAGGACACUGGUAUCCCCGUGUCCAGUCGGAGGGCUUCUCCAGCACCUCUGCAGCUGAUUCCUCUGGAAGCGAGAGCCUGUGAUCAACGGGGCCUUGGAUCCCACCCACGAAGCAGGUGAGCCAUAGGAGAUGGCUUAAGAAGUGCUGUCAGUUCAAACCCCAUUGUGAUGUCUGACAGUGAAGUCAUCGCAUCGGUUGGAAAGGAAGGCUGGGCCCCUCACAUCAAGGACAGGCCCAAGUGCCCAGCUCUAGGCAAGGAAGAUGAUGCCAUGAUCCCUAAGAAAAAUCUAAGCCCUGGUCGUCCAGCUGUUUGGUCCUAGAAGAGGAAAAGGGGCAAAAGAAAAGGGGAGACGCCUGCAUCUCUCAUGAGAACGGUCACCUCCUUCCACUCCUGAGUCGGCCACCCUCUGGGACAUCACCAUGCCUAAGCAAAAUGACCUGGCUAUUGGGAUUGACCUUGGAACCACCUUCUCCUGCGUGGCUGUCUGCCAACAUGACAAAGUAGAGAUCAUUGCCAAUGAGCAAGGGAAGCGGACCACACCCAGCUACGUGGCCUUCACCAACACAGAACACCUGAUUGGAGACCCAGCCAAGAGCCAGGCCUCUCUCAACCCCCAGAACACGGUGUUCGAUGCCAAGCGGCUGAUUGGCCGCAAGUAUGAGGAUGCCGCUGUACAGGAGGACAUGAAACACUGGCCAUUUACUGUGGUGAGCCGUGAGGAGAAGCUAAAGGUCCAAGUCUCCCACAAAGGUAAACAACGGACCUUUUACCCUGAGGAGAUCUCUGCCAUGGUCCUGGCCAAGAUGAAGCAAACAGCUGAGGCCUACCUGGGCUCCUCCAUCUCCCAAGCCAUCGUCACGGUGCCCGCCUACUUCAGCGAUGCUCAGCGGCAGGCCACCAUUGAUGCUGGAGUCAUUGCGGGCCUCCAGAUCCUAAAGCUCCUAAACGAGCCCACAGCAGCUGCCAUUGCCUAUGGCCUGGAUGCCAGGAAUCAAGAGGCUGGCAGCCGAAACAUCCUCAUUUUUGACCUGGGUGGGGGCACCUUUGAUGUUUCUAUCCUUUCCAUGGAGGACGGCAUCUUUGAAGUCAAGGCCACCGCAGGGGACACCCACUUGGGCGGGGAGGACUUUGACAAGAGGCUGGUGGCCUACCUUGCAGAGGAGUUCAAGAAAAAGUACAGGAGAGACCUCCAUCAGGACAAGAAGUCUUUGCAGAGGUUGAAGACGGCUGCCGAGCGGGCCAAAUGCACCUUGAGUUCCUGCACUAGUGCCAGUAUCUCUGUGGACUCCCUCUUCCAAGGGAUUGACUUCCACACCACCCUCACCCGGGCACGGUUCGAGGACCUGUGCUCUGACCUAUUCCGAGCCACCCUGAAGCCCCUUGAAAGGGCCUUGAGAGAUGCCAAGAUGAGCAAAGGGGACAUCAAGGACAUUAUUUUGGUUGGGGGUUCCACCCGCAUCCCCAAGAUCCAGAAGUUGCUGAAGGACUUCUUCAAUGGCAAGGAGCUGAACAAAGGCAUUAACCCUGAUGAAGCUGUGGCCUAUGGGGCAGCCAUCCAGGCUGCCAUCUUGACGGGCAACCGAUCGCCCAAGAUGCAGAAUAUGUUUCUUCUGGACGUCACCCCUUUGUCUCUGGGAAUCAAUACUCAAGGAGGUGUCAUGGCAACCAUCAUAAAACGCAACUCACCUGUCCCAACAAAAGAGGUCAUGGAGUUCACCACGACUGAGGAUGACCAAGACACCAUCUUGUUCAUGGUGUAUGAGGGAGAGCGGGCCCUGACCAAACACAACCACCUCUUGGGCAUGUUCACCUUGAAAGGCAUCCCCCCAGCCCCCUGUGGGGUCCCGGUCAUUCUGGUCACCUUCUCCAUUGACGAGAACAAUAUUCUGACCGUCUCAGCUAAGGAUGUGGAAACAGGGAACACUGGCCACCUGACCAUCUCGGACACCCGUGGACGCUUGGGCAAGGAGGAAAUAGAGACGAUCGUGCAGACAGCGGAGGAAUUCCGGGCCAACGACCUGAGCCUGCAGGAGAAGAUUGAAGCCAUGAACUCCUUGGAAUCCUGCACCCUGGAGCUCAAGAGGGUGGCGGAAGAGCAGCUCCUGGAUGGGAAGGCCAAGAGGAGGAUGUUGGAAAUGUGUGACGGUGCUGCCUCUUGGCUGGAGGAGAACCCCUUGGCCGAGAAAGAGGAGUGCGAGAAGCAGCAGAAGGACCUGGAGGAAGCCUGGGACUCGGUCUACACCGGCAAGCUGGCGGAAGAGCGGGCGGAAGGAGAGGCUGAGGCCGCCGAGCCGAAGGAAGACAUGGAAUGAAUCGGCUGAGUGCCAGAGUACACUGUUCCACCCAAAGGGCGCAUUAAAACUAUGGGUAAAAAACGAGUCCUUCUCUGAUUACAACCAUUUAGUUUCAAUAACGGUUUUUAUGCCCCGACCAGCCCGUGAGCAAGUCACAUGACCAGAGUCCAAAUACAAGUUAAGGCUUAGCAGGAAGGCCAAAGCAAGAGAAGAGGCAUUAAGGGCAGACCAGGACAGGAUCAUCUGAGUGGCUGCCCGGCUGGCCAAAAUCCCCUUCCCUGGCCUGAGCAGAGGGCCGUCAACUCCAAGGUGGCUUCUCUCUCUUGUAAUCUCUUCAGCAUCGCAAGGCGCCUUCUCAAAAGUGCAGGGACACAAGAGCCACACAGCUCGGCCUGCUGGCCCGUUGUCUGGCUCUUGACGCGGUCUAGAAGGUCAUGGAGAAGUUAGUGACUCAGAGGUGCUCCUUGGAUGACGCUCCCUCCCCAGGACAAAAAAUAAAACCAGACAGCCUGUCCAAAGGCAAUCUGCACUUACCCAGGAGGCCCAGCAGUGGGAGCAGGGGGCCAGGAUGCUGUCCCAAGA